AAUGCAGAAGGGCUUCACUCUCAUUCAGACGGUGGCCACUGCAGGUGUCUUCUCCGCUGUCUCCUUCUGGUAUGGAUUCAUGUUUGGCAGAGAGUCAGCGCGCAAGGAGCUUAAUGAUUUGAUUGAAAACCUCCGCCGCUCCAGUUCUGAUGCCACUUCCACUGCGCCACCGCCUCCGGAGCAGUCCUAAGAUGGGUGUCAAGGACAGGCCACAUCAAGUGAACUAGGAGAAGUAGGGCUGGUUGAUUUGUUGUUGGAUAUAAGUUAGAUUCUGCUGCUGAAGGUACUCAAGACUUGGUCCAAAGCUUCAGCUGUAAUGAUCAAGCAUGCAUUUCAUAUUUUGCUGAUGUACUGUUGGCUACAAUUAUCAAAUGCAUGUUGUUUAACUACAGUGAAGUGGAGAAAAAUGUGGGUGGUGG